AUGCCUCGCAGUAAUAUAUUAUUUGCUUUGCUUUUUAUAGUUUUACUUGGCCUGUCAGAAGCACCAGGACGAAGAUCACUGUAUGCAUUUGCCUCAAGCUCUAGUGAUGGUAUCUGCAAAUCAAUGAUAGAGACACAAGGCUACCCAUGCCAAGAACAUAAGGUUACCACAGAGGACGGAUAUAUCCUGAGCAUGCAGAGGAUUGUGGUGGGGCAAUCUGGUUCAAAAGGAGACAAGCCACCUGUUCUGUUACAGCAUGGUGUCCUUGCUGAUGCUAUAACGUGGGUGCUCGCGCCUUAUAAUAAAUCAUUGCCUUUUAUCUUAGCAGACAAUGGAUAUGAUGUGUGGCUUGGCAAUACUCGUGGUACCAAAUAUAGUAAUGGCCACACAUCUCUUUCAACUAGUGAUAAGGCCUAUUGGGAGUGGUCAUGGGAUGAAUUGUCCUCUUAUGAUCUUCAUGCUUUAGUUCAAUAUGUCUACAAUCAUACUGGGCAGAAAUUGUACUAUGCCGGACAUUCCCAGGGGACUUUAAUAGCUUUGGCUGCAUUUUCCCAGAAGAACUUGUUGAACAUGAUCAGAUCUGCUGCUUUAUUUGCCCCAAUUGCUCAUCUCAAUAACAUUCCUUCGCCUGCAAUUCAAUUGGCUGCUCGCUCCCUUCUAGCUACUGCUCUAUAUUGGUUAAAGCUCGGUGAGUUCAUCCCCAAGAGUCAAGAAGUUCGCCAGCUUAUAGGAACGAUCUGCAAUUCUUCAGGCACCAAUUGCUCAGACCUUGUGAAACUUUUUACAGGCCCAAGCUGUUGCAUCAGUUUUACGACGAUAGAUACCCUUCUUCUUCAUGAGCCUCAACCAACAGCGACUAAGAACUUGAUCCAUUUUUCUCAAGUGGUCAGCACAAGAAAGAUAGCGAAGUAUGACUACGGAAAUCCUAUACAAAACAUGCAACACUAUGGACAAUUGAACCCUCCCCAAUAUAACAUGGCUAGCAUCCCAAAAGACUUUCCUCUUUUCCUCUGCUAUGGAAAGAAUGAUAUCUUAGCAGACGUGAAAGACGUGGAGUUUUUGAUUAAUAACGAUCUCAAAGAUCAUGAUAAAGGCAAGCUUGAGGUGGUUUAUAGUGAAGAAUAUGGUCAUCUUGAUUUCAUUAUGGCUUCCAAUGCGAAAGAAGUUGUUUACGAGCCAGUGUUGGACUUCUUCAAGCGUACUUAAUUGAGUAUUAAACUGCUAUACACACUACCUAUGA